GAUGACUCAUAAGGUUGAGGUUUGAACAUAAUUAUACAACAAUUUUUAAAACACUCUCCUCCUUGCCUACUCUUCCCGCUCACACACCCAAAAACACCAAGCGAGGAUGAAGAAAAAUCCUUAUCCCUUACUCUUAGCCUUAGCCUUUGCCUUGGACUUCCUUUCCCUCUCUCUCUCUCUACCAAACGACACAGACGCACUCACCCGCUUUCGCCUCCAGACCGACGCCCACGGUGAGCUCCAGUCCAACUGGAGCGGCGGCGACGCCUGCGCCGCUGCAUGGCUUGGUGUCCGCUGCUCCUCACACCACAGCCGAGUCAUUGCUCUCUCACUCCCUUCGCUCAACCUCCGCGGCCCGCUCGGCUCUCUCGCCCAGCUCGACCAGCUCCGCUUUAUAGACCUCCACAACAACCGAAUGAACGGCACCGUUUUACCCCUCACCAACUGCACCAACCUCAAGCUCCUCUACCUCUCGGGCAACGACCUCUCCGGCGGGAUCCCACCGGAGAUAUCCUCCCUCCAGCGCCUCCUCCGCCUCGACAUAUCCGACAACAACCUCCGAGGCCCGAUUCCGAAACAAUUGACUUCCUUGACUGGGCUCCUCACGCUUCGGUUGCAGAACAACGCGCUCUCUGGGGUGGUUCCCGACCUCUCUGUCUCUCUGGUGAACCUCAAGGAGCUGAACCUGACGAGAAAUGAGCUGUACGGUCGGUUACCGGACGGAUUGCUGAGAAAAUUCGGCGAAAAAAGCUUUUCCGGGAACGAAGGGCUAUGUGGGUCGAGCCCGUUAGCGAAUUGCUCGUUCACAGAUGUUCUUCCGGCGUCGGCUUCGUCUCAGACGACAGUGCCGUCGAACCCGAGCUCGUUUCCCCAAGCGCCUGCGACAAGUCAAAGCAAAGGAAGAUCGCGAAAGGGGCUGAGCACCGGUGCAAUAGUGGCGAUUGCGGUAGCGAACUGCGUGGCGUUGCUAGUGAUCGUGUCGUUCGUGGUGGCGCAUUACUGCGCGAGAGACCGGAGCUUCUCGAGCUCGAUGACCGGGAGCGAGAGUGGGAAGAGGAGGAGGAGCAGCUAUGGUGGGAGUGAGAAGAAAGUGUAUGCGAACAAUGGAGGUGGAGAUAGUAGCGAUGGGACUAACGCUACGGACCGAAGUAAGCUCGUGUUCUUCGACAGGAAGAAGUUUGAGCUGGAGGAUUUGCUGCGUGCGUCGGCGGAGAUGCUUGGGAAGGGGAGCUUGGGGACGGUGUACAAGGCGGUUCUCGAUGACGGGGGCGUCAUGGCGGUGAAGCGGCUCAAGGACGCGAACCCGUGUGCGAGGACGGAUUUUGAGCAGUAUAUGGAUGUGAUUGGGAAGCUCAAGCACCAAAAUAUUGUGAGGUUUAGAGCUUAUUACUAUGCCAAGGAGGAGAAGCUUCUUGUCUAUGAUUAUCUUCCCAAUGGGAGCUUGCAUUCACUUCUUCAUGGGAAUCGGGGUCCCGGGAGAAUUCCUUUGGAUUGGACUACGAGGAUCAGCUUGGUGCUAGGAGCGGCUCGAGGGCUUGCAAAAAUUCAUGAAGAGUACAGCAUAUCGAAAAUACCUCAUGGGAAUGUGAAAUCUUCGAAUGUGCUCCUUGACAAGAAUGGCGUGGCUUGCAUUUCUGAUUUUGGACUCUCGUUGCUUCUAAACCCCGUUCAUGCCAUUGCAAGAUUAGGAGGCUACAGGGCUCCUGAACAAGCAGAGGUCAAGAGGCUGUCUCAAAAGGCAGAUGUGUACAGUUUCGGGGUCUUGUUGCUGGAGGUUCUUACAGGGAGAGCUCCAUCCCAGUACCCUUCACCGACUCGGCCACGAGCCGACGAGGAGGAACAGGCUGUGGACCUUCCCAAAUGGGUUCGAUCGGUUGUGAAGGAAGAGUGGACCGCUGAAGUGUUCGAUCAGGAGCUUUUAAGGUAUAAGAACAUUGAGGAAGAGCUUGUGUCGAUGCUUCAUGUGGCGUUGGCCUGUGUGGUGCCACAGCCUGAGAAGAGGCCAACAAUGGUGGAAGUGGCAAAGAUGAUAGAGGACAUCAGGGUGGAGCAGUCCCCUCUUGGGGACGAUUACGAUGAAUCGCGCAAUUCACUUUCGCCUUCGCUUGCCACCACUGAAGAUGGCCUGCCUUGAGGCAUCCUCAUCUUAAAUUGCCUCAGUAAUUUCCCAGUACUAAAUCGGUUGCUUCUAUCCUCAUUUAUAUCCUCCAUUUUUCAUUUGCAUUAUCUCGCUGCAAAUUCUGGCUGUUGCAGACAAUCUUGUUAGAACCUAUGGUUGCUCUCUGUAAUAUUUGUAAGCUUUAUGUUUUCCAGCUUUGUUGGUGGUGGAGAUAUCUGAUGGUCUCGUUCAUUACCCAACAACACAGUUCUAUUAUUAGUCUUGUGUUAUGUAAUUUAGUUUUGCUAUUAGUUAUUUUCAAAGCAAGAGAAUCUCAGGA